AUGGCAGAAAUCCCGGAAAGAGUGCUAGUCGAGAUUCUCAGCCCGCGAGCAAAGGAAGGAGGUAAAGGCGAGAUCGUCUCGACGUUCAGAACCAUCUGGGCAACAUCCAAUGAAGCAGCAAAGUCCAGCGAUCUGCCACCCUCGUUAGGAUUGAGAGUCUUCAGCAAUGUGAAGACACACCCGGAAGAGGCAGGGUUGUUCUUGUUCUGGAGGUCGAUGGAACAUCAUGACAGUCUAGCAGAAACACCAGGGUUUGCGCCGGCCGCCAAGUUGUUUGGUGAGAAGGUCGUGCCGGGCCUUGAGAACCCUCUCGAUCCGAUUUAUCUAUGGACGCGGCAGGGAGAGGUUGCGCUACAGGAGGCGACGUGUUGUGAAGUGAUCGAGAUUCAGACUCCUGGUUCUGAGGAUGUUGAUAGUCUCGACAAGAAGCUUGCCACGUCGCUUGAAAACCUGAGCCUUGGAGGAGACUUUGUUGGUUAUUUCUAUGGUCCAAGGAACAAUGACGCAACCAAGGCUGUCGUUGUAACAAAGUGGACAUCAAAAUCGGUCAUCAACGAUAGUUCGUGCGCCCAGAAGAUGGAGCAGGCUCUAUUGGGUGUCUUUGGUCAGGGCUCAUCCAUUGAAAAGCGCAAGCAGAUUUAUGCGUGA